AUGUAUGCCUUUGAAAAGCAAUUUCGUGCAGCCUAUACAAAUGCAAAAUUUAAAGAAGUUCAAACAAAAAUGAAAUGCCUAUUGUACUGUUAUGUGACUCUUGUCAAAGAGGAAGGAUCAAUUUGUACUUAUCAUGUGAAAAAGGCUGUUUUAGUUGGUGAGAAGAUAAGGAAAGUGGAAUUUGUUGUGUACUAUAAUUCAAUUGAAUAUGACAUCCAAUGUAUGUGUCGGUGGUUUGAGUUUAGGGGCGUUUUGUAUGCCCAUUCACUUUGGGUGCUCCUUAAAGGGUGCAUAUAUGAGGUUUCAGAUAAAUACAGAACAGAUUUGGAAAGAGGGUACACAUGCAUUCCAACCACAUACACUAACUCUGGGCCUGUUCUCAAUGCAAAGGUGCAUGAUAACUACCAUGAGACAUUGGAUGAAAUUAUAGAAAUUGCUUCCAACGAUGAUGGUAAACACAAAGUCAUUCAACUUGGGUUAAUAGAAAUCAAUGAUAGAGUGAGACAAGAUCAAUCGGGUUAUGCAAGUCAUAUGCCACCUUCUACUACUACUGUCUCAUCUUCUGAUACUUCCCCCAAAACUGAGCUUGGUCACAGUACUACAAAUACAAGCAUGACUCGCAAGGUGCUUAGUCCUAUGGUUGUUUGCUGA